AUGUCACGGCAAGGAGGGGGAUCUGGUAGCAAACCUUCUAUUUACGAGGUUUCCUACGUCAGUGACGGGUAUCGUUCUCAGGGCGAGCGAGUCAAGAUAUACGAGGAAACAGACGUGCAGUCUCCUGCAUACGAGCUCGAAGAGAUAUUCCGAGAGGCGCAAGGCCUAUCCGAGUCAGAGUUCCAACGAGAGCAUCCCAGUCAAUCAGAGAUCAGAGACAUAGAGAAGCUGGAAAUUGGCGUGGAAGACAUCGGACAGGCUUUAUUGCGAGCUGCUCAGACUGGCCAGGCUGGACUUGUCGAAAAACAUUUUGUCGAAUGGUAUUGA